ACAAUGUUUGGGUGGAACCUUGUAUUGUAAUAGAUAUUACAACCCUAAUUUUUAAUACAAUCUAUCCUGUAUUAUUUUAUGCUGAAUAAAAACAGUGUAUAAGGCUGUAUUGUACUCUCCCUCUCACCCAAACUUCUUCAUUUUCCCGUUCAGCCAUCGAUUCUCUGGCCGAUUUGGCCUGGAUUUCUCGGUGAAGAGGUUCUCUGGCAGAUCGAUCUCUCAGAUUCAUUUCUCAGUGAAAAGCAACUUCAUCUUCUCUAGCAUAUCAAUGUCUCAGAUUCAUUUGACCAGGUGUGCCGUCCGCUGCUAGUAGACGCUGCUCGAUUCUUCUCCGUACAACCCAGAAAGAGCCGAGGUUCUGCUAUUUUGCUCUAGGUGAAUAUGGAUAUUGGAGGUAGUAGUGACCAAGUUUAUAGCGAUAAAAGUUCUAGGCGUACGUGGAGUAAAUUUGAAGAAGAUGCAUUGCUGAAUAUUCUUGAAGAUGUUCUGGUGAAAGGCGGCAAUAGAUGUGAUAAUGGAACUGUUAGACCCGGGACAUGGAAGGAGAUAGAAAAGGCAUUGAAUGUCUUGAUUCCCAGCAGUGGUAUAAGAGCUAGUCCACACAUCGAGAACAAAUAUCGAAUGUUGAAGAAGCAAUAUAGUAUAGUCUUCGACAUGCUCAACACUAGUGGCUUUUCUUGGAACGAUGUAAAAAAAUGUGUGCAGGUUGAUAGUGAUGAGGCUUGGUUGACAUAUACUCAGAAUAUUAAGGAUGCUAAGGGAUGGAGAAACAAACCUUUUCCUAUGUAUGAGAGACUAGCUAAUAUUUUUGGAAAAGAUAGAGCAACCGGAAAAGGAGCAGAAGCACCAGCAGACAUGGUUGAGAAUAUGAACAUAGAAGCUGAAGAAGAGACUGACGAUUCUAGGUCAGUAAAUCAGAAUCUUUCUUCACCUAGAGGUCGAAGAAAGAGAUCUAGAUCAGAUGAUGAUGGUAUGAAGGAGAUUGCUUCAACGUUCAAAACAAUGUUUGAACAUUCAAUCGAGCAAAUGAGGUUGAUGGUGCAAGGGACUACUAAUGAUAAGGAGUUGGCUAAGGAGUUGAAAUCGAUGGGACUUUCAGUUGAUGAUCAACUUGAUGCAUUGACGUACAUGUUGAAGAAGCCAGAAUAUGUAGCAACCUUCAAGUCAAUAGAUGGAGAAAUUCGAGAGGCUUUUGUGACAAGAGUUCUCAGAGAAGUUAGAUCAAGUCGUUGAUGGAGAACUUUGGUUUUAAUGGUUGAACUUUAAUUUGGUCGGUUGAACUUUGAUUUGGUCGGUUGAACUUUAGUUUUAUUGGUUGAACUUUAAUUUGGUCGGUUGAACUUUGGUUUUAUUGGUUGAACUUUGAUUUGGUCGGUUGAACUUUGACGGUGCUACAAGGUUUAUUUUAGUUAUGUAAACUUUAUUUUUAAAAAAAAAAAAAAAAUUGGUUACUUUUUUAUGACAA